AUGACUUUCAGUACUGCCGCUGAAUUUGACCAGGCGUAUAAAAGCGCAAACCGUGCCUUUGCAGCCGGCACCACCAAGAAUAAAGAAUGGAGGCGCCGUCAGCUGAAGCGUGCCUGGUGGAUGAUCGAGGACAACAAGAAGCGUAUCUGUGAUGCCCUCUACACUGACCUCCACAAGCACUAUCAAGAAGCAUACACCGGUGAUUGCGGCACUGUCCAAGCGGAUGCCCUCCGUACCAUCGCCAAACUCGAUGAGUGGACAAAGGAUAUAAAACCAGAAAGGUCUGAUCCUCUUAACUUCCUAGGCGGAGCCACAAUCCGCAAAGAGCCGCUUGGGGUGACUCUAAUUAUUGGAGCAUGGAAUUUCCCGAUCACUCUGCUUCUGCAGCCAAUGCUUGCUGCAAUUGCUGCCGGGUGUGCUAUGAUCCUCAAGCCUUCGGACGUUGCAAGCGCCACCCAGGAUGUACUGAUGGAUAUCAUCCCUAAGUAUAUGGAUCGGGAUGCGAUCCGCUGUGUCUCUGCUGGAGCUCAGGAAAUGAGCUAUAUCCUCGAACAUCGCUUCGAUCACAUCUUCUACACCGGAUCUCCCAAUGUUGCCAAGAUCAUCCAUGCCGCAGCGGCAAAGCAUCUGACCCCCGUUACUCUCGAGUUGGGCGGCCAAUGUCCCGCGAUCGUGGCAGAGUCGGCGAAUCUCGAUCUCACCGCUAAGCACAUUGCCGUGACCAAAUUCAUGAAUGCUGGACAGAUCUGCUUGAACGUCAACCACGUCCUCGUAGCCCCUGGCCUACGAGACCGCCUCGUCGCCGAGCUGAUCAAAUACUUCGACACAUUCGCCGGCGGCAAAGCCCAGAACCCAGACUACUACACGCACAUCAUCAAUGAGCGAAACUUCGACCGCCUCGACACACUUCUGAAGCAAACCUCGGGAAAGAUCGUCUACGGCGGCGAGCGCAAUCGCGAAACCCGCUACUUCGCUCCCACCAUCGUCACCGGAGUCAAAGCCGGCGACUCCCUCCUUUCCGAAGAGCUAUUCGGCCCCAUCCUGCCCAUCAUCGACGCAGACUUCGACACAGCCAUUUCCACCACCCGUGCAGGCGAGCACCCGCUCGCCAUCUACGCCUUUACCAGCAAAGCCGCCGACAAGUCCCGCAUCCUGAACGAAACCCAGUCCGGCGGCGUCACCUUCAACGACUGCGGUCUGCACAUCGCUGCUCGCGACGUGCCGUUCGGCGGUGUUGGAAACUCAGGAACUGGGUACUACCAUGGUCCAUAUGGUAUCUUGACGUUCUCCCAUCUGCGUACGUAUAUCAAUGCGUUGCCGUGGUGGAUGGAGGGGGUUAUCACGGCGCGAUACCCGCCUUACUCGGUUGAGAAGGCUCAUAAGAUGGUUCCUGCGGCGAAGCCGACGUUUGAUCGGGAGGGUAAUGAUUUGACUUCUAGUCGUUCUAAGUGGGUGUUGAGUAUUGGAGGGCUUGCGCUUUCUGCACUGUUGGCGACUCGAUGGGAUCAGGUUAUUGCUCUUGGUUCGCAGUUGCUCAACUAG